AUGGCUCAGCUUCUGGAAGAUACCCAUUCACCGACCAAGGCCAUUCUAUCCGACAGCCAGCUCAACAAUUCUCUUCCUUCUCCAGCAGGCUCAUUUGUAUCCAAAGAGUCUUAUUCCACUGCCAUAUCCUCUCCAACCCACGUCGAUCUCGAAAUUCAUCCCAUAACUAAAUCUACUCCUGAUACGAAUUCGUCUUCACUUAUCUUACCGCAAAAUCUCCGAAAGUCAAUAUCGGUCGACUCCUUCGUACACUACGGACGCGAGACGCUUUCACCAGUCGUCACCAGGCCGAACCGAGGUCAUACUGGGUCCGCUCUAGAACCACCAACGGGACUGGUUGGGUUGAGACGAGAAUUCAAUCAUGUCAAUCAACCUGGAAGGUCCAGAGGGGAUAGCAUCAGUUCUGUCAAAUCGUCGUUAGCUGAAGAUUCUGAUGCAGACCGCUCUGAUACGUACAAUAGCUCAACAGAGCGGUAUAAGCAUACCUUGAAGCCACAGGAUCAGGUCAGGUCUUUCGUUCCCGGUGGAGAGUUGCCAUUACCAUCAAGGACACCUACGUUGAGCACCACCUCCAGUAUGAGCAGCAUUAUGUCGUCAACUACCAGCUCCAGUACCCAAGAGGCUACACCCUCGCUACGAUCAGCAUCGUCUUUACAGUCACCAGCGCGCCCUAUAGCAUCUGCGGGGAGAACAAGGAGCGGUAGUCUUGGAGUAUAUUCUCAAAAUACAAGGAGGAUACAGAUCAAUACCCAGAUUGCGUCGGAACAGAAUCAAGCUAUCACACUCGCUGUUGUUGGAACAGCAGGGUGUGGAAAGUCUGUUGCCAUCCGAAAAGGCUUGAAAAACAAUAACCUAUCGGAGCCAAGCGGACCUCUUCCUGGUCCACAUCCAUCCAUACGUCACACACGUAGUACCGGAACUUUCACUCGAGAUGAAGGGGUCGAGUGUCCAUUACAUGUUAUAGAAGUUGACGUUAUAUCUGAGAUACUUCAAUCACCAAUUACACCACUCGACUAUCUUCCAGAGGCACUCAAAAUUGAUGGUGUAAUAGUUUGUUACGAUGCUUCCGAUGAAAAUUCCUUCAGGCCUGUAGAAGACCUCCUCAAGGCUUACCGCUCUCUUCAAUUCCCGGUUAUAGUCAUCGCCUGCAAAUCGGACCUGGAAAGAAAAGUCGACCCCCUCUCGGCCUCUGAAAUCUUACUGCAAUAUGAUGUUGGAUUGGUGGAGGUGAAUCAUAACGAGAAUGGUAAAGAAAAGAUGAAACGGUCCUUUGACUAUCUGUUGAGGGCCAUACUCAGGGAACGCCGCAAUGGCUCAUCUAGGAGUAGAUUUUCAGAAGACUAUCGGAAUCCUGCCUCUCCAGAAAUUGUGAAUGCUUCUCCCUCAUGGGAUCGACCCGAUGGAUCGAGGACUGCCACCCCAACUGCUUCUUCAGCUUCUUCACUCAACCAUAUUCCGAUUCCCGGUCCAAUAGUUGUGCAAUCUUCAUUACCCACCAUCCCUGCAUCUCGCACGACUUCAGUUCCAAAUUCGCCAACACGUGCACGAUCGACUGGCGAUUUGCUCUGCGAGCAGAGUUCGAGGUAUAACGAACCUUCCGAAGUCAAUCAGCCUACUAUUGAAGCUACUAUCUCCACAACAAGUAUUGAUAACGAAAAUGCAAACGUUGAUCAUUCUCCAACGAGCGAGCUUUCUCCGCCAACAAAAGUUGAGAACAAAGACAAGGAAAUGCGUCCUGCUCAAUGGGCCACGCUGGAUGAGUUGCUGGACAAACUCCUGUUCUUAUCAGUGAGCGGUGACGAUCCGACGUUUGUAACACAUUUUCUGUUAACCUAUCGUCGAUUCGCGAGUCCCCGUAGCUUGCUUCUUGCUAUGCAGAAGCGGAUGCGCCAGCUAGAUAAUCCGUCAGGCGAUCCCAUGUUUGCGUGUUUUGCUCAGAUGAAGAUCUGCCAUCUGCUGGAAAUUUGGAUCCGAGAUUACUCUUACGACUUCGCUGUCCGUGGAACCGCUGGGGCCCUUUCUGCGCUCAUCAAGUCAAUAAUCUCAAAAACCUACCUUCUACAUUACGGUUCCGACUUUCUUCCAUUCUUGGAAGUGUUACCCACACUGGUAGAUCGAGAUAGCUCCUGGGCUUUGAAGGUUGACGAUGCUGCCGAUAGCGACGACUCAUACAGUCUAUUAGAAGAUGACGAUGAAAGUAUCAAGUCUGCAACAAAGUUGACUUCUUCCCCACCGGAAGACCCAGGAAAAACUUCUGUAAGCGUUCCCUCACGUUCAAGGAAGUCCAGCAUCCCUUUGCUAUCAGCCAAAGUCCUGUUCCCAAGUUCCGGUGCUUACAACGGAUCAAUCGAUUCUGAUAAUGCGGAAUUUACAACCAAGCAACAACUAAGGGAACUAGUGAAGCUGGCCAACGAGGUCAACAUGAUUGACUCGGGGGAAAUGGCGCAAGAGAUUACUAGGAUUGAGAAACAAUCGUUCCUAGAAAUUGAGCCGAGACAUUGGCUCCAUUUCACUUUGGUAUCUGGAAAGAAGGAUCCUGAGACGAAUACCAUAGCACGUUUCAACGCAAUGUCCAAUCACCUCGCAGACUGGGUCGUUUCCCUUAUCUUAUGCCAUGACAGACCCAGAGAUAGAGCGAGGCAGAUAGAAAAAUUUGUCGAUGUCGCUCAGAAACUCCGAGGCUUAAACAAUUACUCUGCUCUCCGAGCCUUUGUAGCGGGUAUCAACAAUUCUACCUUCGCAGGUGAUCAGACCAUGGAGAAAUUUAAACAACGUUCUCCCGAUUCCGCCAAAACCUUGCGAUCAUGGGAUGUCCUUCUUCAAGCAAUUCGAGCCCAUAGAGCGUAUCGGCUAGCCCUGCGGAAUACGAAAGGGGCAACAAUACCUGCUUUGGAAGUGCAUAUGUCUGAUCUCAUUCGUGCACAUGAAGCCAACGACGAUGUUAAAUCUGGCGACCCAACAAAGAUUCACUGGGGAAAAUUCAACAUGAUGGGUCGAUUUAUCACAAGCACUACACAAUGCCAAGCUCAAUGUAGAUCUGCAACGGACUACAACUUCCCAGAACGACAGCACAUAGGCAAUCUGUUUAUAACAAAAUACCUCAUGGACGACGAGAUGCAAAAGUCACGGAUUGCACCCCCAGAUAAUGAUUAUGAGGAAUUUUCCGGUGGUUUCCCUGCCGCCACUACUGCGACUCAAUACAAACCACCAAGGGAUAUGGCACGACUCCGUCGCAUAUUCUUUCGGUGA